AUGCAUAAGCUUCCAUUUCAAAAUCCCAAUGCACGGUCUGGUUCCCCAGGUCCGGAAAUCUCAGGUCUCUCUUUGGAGGAAGAGCAUGAACCACAAAUGGUCAAGUUUUCGUUUCGAUCUGGGGGCGAUCGUGUCUUCUAUGACAGGCUGAAGAAUGCAAUGAUUCAGCGGAAAUGGUUAUUACAACAAGCUCCACCAAUUCCACAAGCAGAUGAAACCCGUUCUUCCACUCCUUCAAGCACGACGGAAGCCAUGGGUAUAUCGGGAACUCGGGUCGCUGCUGCCGGAAUUGCAGGGCUCGAACAGCGAGGAUUACGAACUCGUAAGAACAACGAGGCAGUCCUCGGUAGUGCUUUUGAAGACCUUGAGGCACUGAUGGCCUCCGCAAAAGACAUAGUGGCACUGGCUGAACGCUUUGCAGUGGAAUCGGGAUCUAACAAAGACUUACUCAGCCAAUCCUCUGAUCCAGUACUAUCACAAUCAGCGGUGGCAUUGGGAAUGAUUACUACAAAGGAUGUUCUUGGUGACAGUUCGAACACGCUCUAUAUCAAUGAGCUUGCCCGUAACUUGGCAGAAUAUGCAACGGACGACAGAAGGGGAGUUCUUCGACAUCAAGGAGGCACCAUGAGCCUGGUUGAUCUGUGGGCCGUUUUCAACAAAAGUCAAAAUGGUGUCGAACUUGUCAGUCCAGCAGAUUUUCACAAGGCUGCUGAAGCCUGGGAGAGACUGGGCCUCCCAAUCAAAUUACGGCGAUAUCGAAGUGGGUUACUUGUUGUCCAACGUCGGGAUGCCAGUGAUGAGAAGACAAUUAAACAACUACAGGAUUGGUUGAAUUCGAUGAAGACAACACAAUCUGAGCAGAACGUGUUGUGGGAUCAGGAGAGCUUUGGCUUUGGAGUCACUGCGCAGCAAGCAGCUGCGAAGUUUGGCUGGAGUUUGGGGGUUGCCAGUGAGGAGUUGGAAAUGGCGGAAGAAACUGGCGCCCUCUGUCGAGAAGAGGGUGUGGAAGGACUUAAGUUCUGGCUCAAUAUUUUGAGAGAAGAUGAUUAA